AUCCUGCAUUUUCAUCAACGAACAAAAAGUCCGAUAAUCUUAGAAUUAAAUCGAGUUCAAGAAUUCAAAAGCUAUUGAGGGAAAAAAAGAAAAGCAUGACAUCACUUUAUUUAGAAAGUAGUAGCUCUGAAGAAGAACUCCAAUAUGCACCUGAAUUUAAACCUAGCUCUCCAACGCACGAAGAGAAUACCAGAGUUGUUAGUUUCUAUGAAAAUCCUGACUCAGCUCAUUCAGAGGAUAGAUUUUAUUCUUUAGAUUGGGAACAAGAUGUUGACCGUAGUUUACCUUAA